UUGCAAAUCAAACCGCUUGGAAGAAUGUUGUGAAAUGCAGUGCACGUCGGAUCUGUGGUCGGAAUGCAUUUUACAACAUCAGCGCUACUAGUACUACUACUUCUUAGGACUAUAGUGGGUGGGUGUCAAUAUCACUAGUGACUGGUGUGUCGGUACAUCAUCGGGCUGUUUGAGGGAAUUUCUUGACGCUUUCUUCACUUCUUCGACGACUAAUGUCCGGUCCGGAGUGUCAACGGUUCAUCGGCAACAACUUCGACGGCAACGUGCGUGUGUGAUCCGGCCCGAACUCCAGGGAUAACUGCAAAUUCUUUUCCACAUGAUAACUAACAGAAGUAGAGAUCAUCAUGGCUGUCUGUUCGUCUCUGACAUCCCCGUCCCAUAAACGUCCCACCAUGAACCUGGCCAUCUGGGUCCUACUUGCCCAACUCCUCCUCCUCCUUGCACCGAUCGCUGCCGUGUCUUACCAACAGUUUGAUCAAACGGCGGAUCCAGAUUUCGUGAGACUGGAGCGCAUGACCGAAGACGAGGCGACGGGUAGCGUUUAUGUUGGAGCGGUGAACAGAAUCUACAAACUGUCCAGUGACUUGGCCCUGGAGUUUGAGCUUGUGACAGGGCCAGUGCAAGAUAACCCUUUAUGUAGACCACCUCCAGCUUCAUGCAUGGAAACCAAGAUAUCCACCAACAACAUCAACAAAGCCCUUGUUGUGGACACGGAGAGCCAAACCUUGAUCACAUGCGGACAGGUCUACCAGGGCUUUUGCGAGACACGCCGAUUGGGUAAUCUGAGUGAUGCUGUUGCAGUGUCAGAAGUUGAGGUGGUUACCAACAAUGAGGAGGGUACCAACGUAGCCUUCAUCGCCCCUGGUCCCGGGAGCAGACAUUUCUUGUAUGUGGGUGCCUCGCAUGGAAAUUGGAUCAGAACAACAGUACCAACAGUAUCGAGGCGUGCGCUUGACACAUUUAGACCAGCGGCUGGUUUGAAAAUACCUGCAGCGACAUUUGAAGCGGCACAGCCUGGGUUUACGUUUGACGUCAACUACAUGUAUGGGUUUUCCAGUGGCCAUUUCAGCUACCUUAUUGCAACUCAGCUUGAAACGUUUAACGAAGCUUCUCCAUUGUACACAAAACUUGUCCGUGUGUGCCAACAGGAUGAGUCCGAGUCCGAUAAGUUUAAUUCUUAUAUUGAGCUUCCUCUAGUUUGCCAAGAUGCAAACAAUGUCACCUACAAUCUAGCGAAAUCGGCGUACGUCACAAAAGUUGGAUCUGAUUUGUAUGAUGCUGGUUUGCCACAAGGAGAAGACAUGCUUUUUGUGACCUUUUCAUCGGACAGCUCCCCAGCGCAAGAGCAGAAAUCCAUCAUUUGUAUGUAUCCAGUCAGGACAUUAAAUGAAGGGUUUGCAGCAAGAAUACAGCAGUGUAAUGACAGGGGAUCAGACAGAACAGACGUUGAUUGGCUUGCAAAGACAAGCACUUGUUUCACGAUACCAGCAGUGACUGAGGGACUGAGAGACCAGGGACCAGACUAUUGCCAUAUUGCGGAUGCCAAUGCCCCCCUUGGUGGAUUACAACUACCAAUCGAAGGACAAGCAAUCUACUCCAGUCUUAGCAGCAUCACAGCCAUUGCAGCAAUGCCCCACAACAUGGCAACUGUCAUCCUCCUAGGAGAUGAACUGGGCAACUUGACAAAGCUACGUGUGCAGUCUCCAACUGAAGCUCUUCUUUACGAAGAGCUACCCAUCGCUAGCGGAACCCCGGUCCUUCAAAACGGGCUGAUGAUCAGCCCGGAUAAGCAGUACGUCUUCCUCAUGACGGAAAGUGUGAUCACCAAGGUUCCAAUCGAGACCUGCGAGUUGUUGACAACAUGCGGGGAUUGUUUGCGUGUCGGAAUGGACGGAACUGGGGACCCACACUGCGGCUGGUGCCCGUUACUGAACAGGUGUACAAGACGCACUGAAAUGGAAUGCCCAGGUGCAACGGAUGAGCCAUCGACCAAUCGAUGGAUAGAUAGCAGAAGCUCUUGCAUUGAGAUCCAAUCAGUGACGCCUUCCAGUAUUCCCAGUGACGCCACUGCUCUGCUAUCAUUGAAUGUGAGCAGCCUGCCUGUACUGAACAACAGCUUGCCCCACAAGUACCAGUGCGUCUUUGACUAUCUGGGCUCAACGGAGGUCACGUCAAUAGAGGGCGCCCUCAUUCAGUGCUCAACCCCAGCCAACCUGCCAACGCUGCAAGGAGGCGACUUGAUGGUGACGCUCUCCCUCCGUGCCACCGAGACCAACAAACUCAUCGUCAACACGACCUUUGACUUCUACAACUGCAGUGCCUUUGAUAGCUGCACCCAGUGUGUGGCCGACUACCUGUGCAACUGGUGUGUCUUUGAGAACAGGUGCAUGGGCAACGCUAGCAGCUGCAACGCCUCAGGUGUCAUCGUUGGACAACAGGUACAAACAGACACAGAAAGGAAGGGAAAAGACUUCUGCCCGAGGAUUGAAGACACUCCAGAAAUUCUCAUUCCAGCUGGGGAACCAGAAUUUCAAAAUUUCACAGUGAAUGUCGCCAGACUCCCUGUAAAGUCUGGCUACAUGUGUGUUCUGAGGCAUAACGGAUGGGCAACGGAGAAAACGACUCCAGGCAUCAGACUCAGUGACUCAAGAAUUCUUUGCUCAGGCAUGGAGUACGGCUACAGUAUGGAUGAGAAUGAGGUCACUGCGGACUUGCAGAUCCGCUGGGGAGAUGCACAUGGAGGAUAUUUUCUGGACAACCCAUCCAUGCUAACUGUGACUUUGUACAAGUGUGGAGUCAAACGCAGCACUUGUGGCCAAUGCCUCCUGGCCGAUGCCAAAUUCUCUUGCGGUUGGUGUAAACCGUCUCAGAUGUGUAGCAUAACGACGGCGUGCACAGACAGGCAGGAUUGGCUGAGUGGACAGGACUUGUGCCCUGAUCCAAACAUCACCUCGUUCCAGCCCAAGAGUGGUCAUGUUGCCGGAGGUACCAGAGUGGUCAUUGAGGGAUAUAACCUGGGGCAGACCGCCAGCGAUAUCAAACGAGUCACUGUGGCUAAUAUGUCAUGUCAGAUGAUAGAAUCAGAGUACAAACCUGCAGAAAGGGUUGUGUGCAAGACUGGUGCUAGCACGGCUGGGGCAGCAAAUGGUCCAGUGGUGGUAAUGAUAGGCAGGGAGAAUUCCAUGGAGGAAGAUGAAGCAACGACGAAGGGAGAACAUUUCUACUUCGUGGUCCCCAGCAUCACCGGUGUCCAUCCACUUCUAGGACCAAUGGCCGGUGGGUCAAAGGUCACACUGACAGGUGAACAUCUGAAUGCAGGAGGCACUAGGAGUAUCACUGUGGCUGGUAUGCCAUGUAACAUCAGUGAUCCCACAAAUUUGUCGUCUGAUGUCAUCAGCUGCGUCACAUCCGCAAGCACGGACCUCAUCCAGGGGCCAAUCAUAAUGACCUUUGACCUCGUUGGGACGGCUAUGAGUUCCAGCAACUUCUCUUACAAAGGGAAUCCGGUGAUCACGAUGCAGGAACGCGACCAGACAAUCCUCAGUGGUGGGUUGGACUUGCCGAUAACAGGAAGCAACCUGAAUGUGGUGCAGGAGCCCAAGAUGAUGUUUCGUAUCGAGAGAACCCGGCAAGACAUGCGGGCCAAGAGACAGGCAGACCAGCAGCUUCUUACCACCAUCACCACGAAGUGUACCGUGAAUAGUGCGACUUCAAUGACCUGCAAGUCGCCCGAUCUCAAAAUCCCAGAACUUGCCAAUGCCUUCACCUUCGACGACAGCACCUCACCACCGUCCUUCAUGCUGCCGAGUAACAACAUCGACUUUGUCAUGGAUGCAGUCACCAUUCCAUCCUCCAACAAUUUCCAAGUGUUUGUCGACCCAGAAUACUUCAUGUUUGACAAGACUGAGACAGUGGUGUAUAAUGAGCGCAAGAUACUAGAAAUCAAGGGUCGUUACAUCAAAGCAACGUUCAUGACAGGCGAUGUGGCAGUCACAGUAGGCAAUCAGUCCUGUAGUCUAAUGAUGCAACCUGAUAAUGCCGAUGGCAUAUCAUGUGAAGCCCCUGAUAACGAAGUUGGCCGGACCUAUGACGUUGUAGUACAUCACGGCAACUUGGUGGUCAAGGUGGGUCGUCUGGAGUACCUCUCUGAGGGGCUACCCUUGCACAUCAUCAUCGGUGCCGCCUGCGGGGCCGCGCUCAUCCUCUUCAUCUUGCUCUUCAUCAUCUGCAUCUGGCGCCGCAUCAGCGCCAACGAGCGCCGCUUCAAGAAGAUGGAGACGCAGCGGGACGAGAUGGAGAUGAGGGUGGCGCAGGAGUGCAAAGACGCCUUUGCCGAGCUGCAAAUCACAGUCCUGACAGUGAGCAGCGACGUGGAAGGCUCCGGGAUACCCUUCAGAGACUACCGCGACUAUGCGGCAAGGUUUCUCUUCCCGGAUAAUCCCUGCCAUACUGUCUUCAGAGAGAUCCCAGUCGUACGUGAAAACAUCUCAGGCGUCAAGCGCAACAUCCUAGAGAAGGGCCUGGUCCAGUUUGGCAACCUGAUCAGCAACCACACCUUCCUAGCAAUCUUCGUCCGGACCCUGGAGGCUCAGAAGACCCUGGCUCUUCGUGACUUGAGCAACAUCGCCUCCUUGCUGGCCAUCGCUCUGCACAACAAGAUGGAUUUCCUGACGCAGACCAUGAAAUUCCUUCUCCAGGAACACAUCAAGUUAUACGUCAAGGAGGGACGACCUCAGCUGCUGCUAAGAAGGAGCGAGGCCGUCGUCGAGAAGCUAGUGUCUCAUUGGCUGUCCAUCCUGAUGUAUGAUUCCUUGAAGGACAACAUGGGGAAACCCCUCUUCCACUUGUUCUACGCCAUCAAGCAACAGAUUGACAAGGGUCCAGUGGAUGCCAUUACCGGCGAAGCCCGGUACGGACUGAGUGAGAUGAAAGUCAUCCGACAGCAGAUUGACUUUAAAACACUGAACAUCUACACCAACAGUUUGGACAUCACCUCAGAACCCAUCCAGUUGAAGGUGCUGGACUGCGACACCAUCUCGCAAACGAAGGACAAGAUUCUGGAUGCCAUUUACAAAUCCUGUCCGUUCAGUAAACGACCCACAAGAGAAGAGCUAGAUUUAGAAUGGAGUGACAGGCCGGACGGCCCUAGCAGCAUGAUCCUCCUAGAUGAUGAUUGGCGAGGCAGAUUUGAUGGAGAGUGGAAACGCAUCAAUACCCUAGCACAUUACCAGGUGCCAGAUGGUGCAACCUUGAGGUUAGUGAGAGCCCAGCCUAAUGGUGGAUCCCUGCCCAACACACCAGCAAGGAAAUAUGGUAUAGGCACGAUGCAGAGCCCUGCCACCUCAGCUUCACCCAUCAUAGACCAGGAGAAAGGAGUCAACCUGUGGCAUCUGGUCAAGCAUGUAGACUCGGGUAGUCUACGUAAGGGGGAGAGAGACCAGAAGAUGAUGGCUGAGAUCUAUCUCCCUAGGCUACUCACUACAAAGGGUAUCCUGCAGCAAUUUGUGGACGAGCUCUUGGAGACCAUCUUCAACGGUGAAUCGGACGUUCCCCUCGCUGUUAAGUACCUCUUUGACUUCCUGGAUGAGCAGGCCACGUCGCAUGGCAUCACCAACCCCGAUGUCGCACAUGCCUGGAAGAGCAACUGCCUUCAGCUUCGGUUCUGGGUCAACCUGAUCAUGAAUCCCACCAUCCUGUUUGACAUCAACAAGACGGACACGGUAGACGCCUGCGUGUCCAUCAUCGGCCAGACACUCAUUGAUUCCUGCUCAGUAUCUGAACAGCAUCUGACCAAGGACUCACCGUCCAACAAGCUGCUGUAUGCCAAGGAUAUCCCACAGUACAAGCAGUGGGUCGCCAAAUACUACAAAGACAUCAGCGAUAUGGCAUCAGUCAGUGACCAGGACAUGAGUGCUAUGCUGGCCUCUCACACCAACCGCUACCAGAAUGAGUUCCAGCCGCUCAAUGCACUCAAUGAGCUCUACUUCUGCUACGCCUGCGUCUUCAAGAGUGAGAUCCUGCAGUCCCUGGACGAAGACAAGGAGGCCCAGAAGCAAGGCCUAGGAGACAAGCUGGAAGACAUCUUCCGUCUGAUGGCCGACUCUGCUUGACAAUUACUGAAGGAGUCUCAGGUUUGAUAUGAACAUCUUGCAUCUUCUUCUCCAACAAACACCCUAACCCGACAGUGAUGAUUUACCCUCAAUUUUGUCCCUGGAAGUGGAAUCCAAACAGUGAAAAUUUUCAUGGAGGACUUUGCCGGAAAGUGCUGAGCAAGCAAUAUAUUUGCUGAGGAACGUGAGAUUACAAGCUAAAAUAUUGUGCAAUUUCUGUACCACUCACACACUGGUGUUCACCUCCAUGAAAAUUUUGCCUGAGUAAUAUCUGUGGACAGAUAUUUAGGUAUGGACCCUGUUCAAUUAUUGUGUCCACUUUUCACAGCUUUGAUUUUCAAAUUUAACAGUAAAUGUUUGAUUCAUAUAAGUUUACAGUCACUAACAUUCACUAUUAAUGUUUCAUUAAUCCAGUUUUUCACAAUUUCUUUUUAAAUAGUUCUGUCUUAUUUUAGGAAUGUUGAAGUUGUUGCAAGCGGAUGGUUAAAAAUGUAAAUCAAUGUAAGCACAAAAUGUAACAGUUUUAGGAAAAUCAGUAUCAAUUAAUUGAUAUAACCUUCAAAAAGGUUGAAAAGUUAAUACUGAAUUAAAAAAAAAUGAAUAAAGUAUCUAAAAAAAAAGGAUAGUUUUUAUGAGGACAUUUUUAUAACAAAAUGUUUCUCUAUUUAAUCAGGAGUCUUAAUUUGAACUUUUCCUAUGAUACUAGUUUUCUGAGAAAGUAUAAUCGAUACUUAAAAACGGUUCAGCUUUUUUAGUAUUUUAUCAAAGACAAUUCCUAAUUGUACUACUUAUCCAAUAGGUUAAUCCAAUUGUCUUAUGACCAGUUUGUGUUUAUCACAAGAAUGUGAAAUCAUUGUCCGUUGGUGUCUUCGGGGUUGUAGGAAGGUGCAGUCAGAUCUUGGACUCCUUCGAGUUCGUAGUUUUCCAAGCAUUUAUUAGUUUUAAGUUAUUCUAGUGGAAUUAGAGGUUGGGUAGUAUCUCUGCACUUGGCAUUUUUUUUGAAGUGAUAGAGCAAAACUUGCUGUAAAAUAGCACAAACACUUUAUGGUCAAAAGUUGCUUGCGCCAUAUUUAUUAUAUUUUUUUCUGGGUAAGGUUUAGCUUACUAAGUUAUUGCCAAGUUAGGGCAAGGACCAUUAGUCGACUAGUGGUUGAUUUGUGACGUACCUUACGCCUGCGCACUGAUAGCAACGUGCGAACGUCUCUCGUCAAAUGCUGGUCAAAAUGUCAUCGCAAA